AACAAAGCCGGCUGGGCCUUGAUUCCGGUUCCUGGGUUUGAACCCAAAAGGUUGUUCUACUGCCUGUGUUUCUCACCCAAACUCUAUUUUGACUCUUUUGCAGCUUUCUCCCUCGUCUGCUGGUAUUGUGAUAAUGUGGACGACAACUGGGGAUGCUGGAGGUGGCAGUUCUGUUCAAACUCGGACAAUUACUGCGCGACCACCUAUGUUGGAGCAGGAAUCGGUGGAUAUUCCUCCCAGUCCAUCAGCAAAGGCUGCGUCCCCAUUUGCCCGCAGGCGGGGAUCAACGUUGGCCUGGCGGCCGUUUCCGUGAAAUGCUGCUCCUCCUCCCUGUGCAACAUCAGCGCCGCCAGCAGCGUCAAGAUGAACCACUGGGUUUUCGCCCUGGGGAUCCUGGCCAGUUUCUCCUUCUUCCUCUUUGGCCCCAGGCUGUGAUCUGGAGCGUCCUGAGUUCCGCCGAGACGCCCACCGAGAAGCCAGAAAUGUUACCGAGAAAAAUUGUAUACCUGUAAGAGCGUUUCACUUUGUUGUCACUUUUAACCACAGAAUUGUUUGUACAGAGUUUAGAUACACCUUUUGGAGAGGUGGGUGGGAAGAGAGGGGGGAUUGGUAUGGGGAAAGGGAGGGGCCAUAGAGAUUUCUAUGCACACCUGAAGGAGACGACGUGCAGGUUGUGGAAACGGGUCCAGUGCCAAAUUAAGUCAAACCACGCUCCUAACCAAAAAAAAAUCUUGAUUUCCUUGGGGAGGGCUUGAUAUACUACUUAAGAGGCCUUAAUGAUAUUUUGCUCGAGGCAAGGAAGGAAAAUGCAAGACAACACAGAUCAACACCGGGCGUCACAUCACUCCUUUUUAUUUUGUUUUUUUGAUCAGCUGUGACUGCGAACCAAUUUUUUUGGCUUGUUACCUUCUUCCUAAAGAGCUGUGUGAGUCGUAGGAGUGCAGACUGUUAUCCAGCCUUUGGUUCCUUGUUGCUUCCUGAAUUUGAAUAAAUACAUCUUUAUUCUUA